GAGUGCGUCUGUGUGUGUGCACGUAGCCGAGUGGGCGGUUUCACUUCGAUUGUGUUUUAUCACUCCGUGCGCCUCCACCGCUAUCUUUUCCUCUCCGCACCAUCACAGUUCUACGACGUCGAGGGGUACACAGCGACGCAGGAGAACUGAAAUGUAGGCUAGGCUGUACCGGCCACAAUUGAUGAUAACCCUCGGACCUUUCAUCACCAGACGAGCACCACCGUGAGACAGCGGAAACAUAUGGCUCACCGAGACAGCUGCUGUGGACCAUAUUGAACUGACAUUGAUCCACGCUAGAGGGUUUUAUUGCUAUAGGUUUUCAUAUACGAAACACCGAAGAGCUUCCACGCAUGUGACUGUAUAGUUUCUAUGAGAACGGUAGAGUUUUGUAUUUUUAUACCGGUGUUUGUGUUUUCUUCGUGCUUCUUCAGUUUUUGAUACUCGGCGCAGCUUCCCUUAGUAAACAUUUUCACUAGACGAGGUUUAGUGGGUUGCACGUUUGGUACAGUGUAAUUUGUGAUUAAAAAAAAAACGAAUUACAGAAUAAAUCUGAGGACCCAGGGGUUAAUCGUUUACCCCAGUCACCCGCGCCCUUUCGUCCCAGUCUGUCACGGGAUCAGGUCUCUCCUGCACCAUAAUGUCGGGGGAGUCGGUGUUGAUCCCGGACGACCGGUCUUUCAGCAACUUCAAGGAGGAAUGCGGGAGUGAUGACGGCUGGAGUCUGACCUACAAUAAGUCGGGCCUAACCGUGCUGACACAGACCAUUGGAGGAGACGAGGAGAAGUCACUUCACAAGCUUAAGUGUCGGAUGGUGUGUAGGGACGUCUCCGCUGAGACCAUGUACGACGUUCUCCAUGACAUCGAGUACCGGAGGAAGUGGGACGCGAACGUCAUCGAAACCUUCGACAUCGGAAAACUCACCGUCAACGCAGACGUGGGCUACUACUCCUGGAAGUGUCCCAAGCCGCUGAGAAACCGUGAUGUCAUCACACUGCGAUCCUGGCUGCCCAUGGGCAGUGAUUACAUCAUCAUGAACUACUCCGUCAAACAUCCUAAAUACCCCCCUAAAAAGGACAUGGUAAGAGCUGUGUCCAUCCAGACUGGCUACCUAAUUCAGAGCCAUGGACCGACCCACUGCACUCUCACCUACCUGGCACAUGUGGACCCAAAAGGUUCACUACCCAAGUGGGUUGUUAAUAAGUCUUCCCAGUUUCUGGCUCCCAAAGCCAUGAAGAAGAUCAGCAAGGCGUGUCUGAAGUACGGAGAGUGGAAGCAGAGACACAACCCAGGCAUUAAGCCCUGGCUCUACCCUGAGCAGACUACACUACCCACAAUCCCUUUGUCGGAGCUUAGUAUCCAGCAUGCAGACAGCCUGGAGAACAUUGAUGAGAGUACACUCAGUGAAAUGCAAACGAGGGAAGAGAGAGACAGCGAUUAACACACAUACAAAUACACACACACACACACACACACACACACACACACACAGGCACGUGUGAGCAAAUGCACACAGACAUCAACAAGACAGAUGAGAGAGACUGUCCAACACACGUUUUCAAACCUCUACUGAGGAUCCCAAGCUGUCUGACAACUUUGUUGUAUUGCUGAACUAGCUUACCUGAAUCAAGCUAUCAAGGACAGUAGUUGACAAGUAAAUUCAGGCGUGCUAAAUCUGGGAUACGUCUAACACAUGGAACUGCAUGGGCUCUCCAGUAGAGGUUUGAAAAUCCCCAGACUAACCCCAACCCCAAGUGGGCGCACAAACACACACACCUUGUGAGAUAGCAACAGGAGAGAGAUAAAAUGACACGCAGUCUCUCUUUCCUGUCAUGUCACAGUCUGUUUGUCCUGAAUCACUGGCCUCAUUUCCCCUUUCACCUGCUGUCUGGUCACACAGUUUGCCUACUGCUCAGCAGUCUCAACACACACACUAUUAUAGUUGUAUGAAUGUAUGUAGAGUUUACGUCUUAAAUACAGAUUCCUAUGGAGGUUUUCAAAUUUAA